CCGGCGCUGCCCGGAGCGAUGGAGCCGCGGCUGGGCCCGCACGAGCUGCUGCACGUCUUCUCCUUCCUGGAAGCGCGCGACCUGCUCCGCGCGGCCCAAGUGGACAAGCUCUGGAAUGAGGUUACAAGCACCACAGAACUGUGGAGGCAGCUGUGUCUGAGACGCUGGCCCUCCUGUCGAACUUCCCAGAUGUCUCCACAUUCAUGGAGACAGUAUUAUCUCUGCCGAUCGGAGCUGGAGUUUCGAAUGGAGUCGGGGCGGCCAGAGAAGGAUUUCACCUGCAGAGCCAUCACUGGACACAAAGGGCUGAUCUGCAAGCUGGCUUACAUCUCAACCAGCGAAUACCGGUGUGAUGGGCAGGAGAAGUCUGUGGUGUGCACUGUGUCUUCGGACCACACUGUGCGUGCAUGGGAUCUGCAGGAGGCGGUGGAGAUCUGGUCCAGCCCGCAACAGCCUGCAGCUCUGGUGAACUUGGUGACCUUUCCUCGGCUGCAAGUGGUGGUCACCGUGGACGAGCAGGGACUGAUCAAAGUGUGGAAAGUGGAAGAUGGCUGGGAGUGCGCCUCCUUCUCCCUGCCUGCCUCCUCGUCUGCCUUGGAAGCCUGUCACCAGCCUGAAGGCCCCUUUGUGCUGGCUGCCUGUGCUGAUGGGACAUUGUACAUGCUGACCCUGCCCGAGUUGCAGCUGCUCUCCAGAGCAAGCCUGUUUCCAGGCAACCCCCCAAGUCUCCUCUGCUCUCCUGACAGCCAGUGGCUAUUAACAUUCACCCAGAGCUCAGACCUGGGUGCAAAGGUGAUCCACACACGCUCUUUGCUACUCCGGCAGGAAGAGGAGCCUCCAGUCUUUCAGCUUCUCCCCGUCCGGCUGACGUCCAAGGCCUGCUGGGUCCCCCUAGAAGCAGCCAGGCUCAUAGUGCUGCACAGAAGUGAUAACAGCGAGCAGCUGGUCGUCACCACGUUCGAGCUGGGGACUAAGAAGUGCAAGGACAGUGUGGGCAUUCUGGUACAGGAGAUUGCCAGCUUUCCCCUGCCAGACACCGCGGUGGCCCCGCAUCUCCUGAAAGCUCACGGGUCUCAGGUGGUCCUACUGGUGUCUGGUUUGCAGCUGAUGGUCUUCACCAUCCACGGCCUGCAGCUGGCAGCCAGUCAGGACCACCAGCAGUCUAUCACAUCUAUAUGGGUGGAUGAGAGCCGAGUCGUCACCUCUUCCCUUGACCUCUCCUUGCGAAUCUACAUGUGGAAAAAGGAUGGGAAAUGGCCUGUCCUCAAGAGCUGCUAUCACUUGCUUGGAGGGUCCCACAGAUGGUCCAGUGGGUUCACCCAUGUGGAGUGUGACAGCAUGAGCAUUGUAGGUGUGGAAUCCAGGAAAACUGGAACGAGUGUCCUCAGAUCCUACUAUUUCAGAAUGUCGCGAGACUGAAGGGCCGGAUUCAGUCAAGUCAGAGAACUCGUGUAACUACAAAGACCGAAAUGAA